AUGUUGAGCUUUGUUACGUCAGUCUUGCUGGUUGCAGUCCUGGUAGAUGGCGCUCCAACGUCCACCAUGGUUACGGCAACCACAGCCAGUGCGUUUGCGUCAACACUUCCAACAAACUUAUCAUCAAAAACAGAGCAUGAACAGCAGGCAAAACCUACGGACCCACAAGAACUAAAUCCAGAGAUAGAAGUAAACAAAGUAAAAACAUUCAAUCAGUCAAAAGACACAUUGGAUUCGCAUUUACUUAACGUAUCUGUCACUGCAGAAAGUCCUGAUAAUGAAUUUAAUAACACUGCAGACGAUGCACCGCGUGAACAACCAAAGAUGAUGAUGAAUAAUAGCAUACGCUUAAAAAAGACCAAUGCAAUUCGCUUAAAACAAAUACAAAGUUUCCUGCAGAAGAUACGAAAACUUCGUUCAAUGAUAAAAGAAAGGAUUUCGAGUAACAGCACUGAAAACAUUAAUGACACUCGAGAUGACACAAUUCAAGUUAUUCCAGGAAAAGUUUUGCAAAAUAUUUUGUCAAAAUUCAAACAAUAUAAAGAACAGGUCAGUCCACCUACAAAAGUCAAUAACACCUCAGAAUUUUCUUCAGUUAAUGCAAAUUAUUCAGUAAAUAUAGGAAGCGAUAAAAAUACAAGUUUAUUAUUGAAUUUUGUACGCUUAUUUGAAAGCGAAUCGCCUAUUAUUCGAACAAGGAUUUCACAAAAUACGAAUGAAGAAAAUGAAGAACUUCUAUCCGAAGAUGAUAUCGAAGACCUCAUUGAAGAAAGAGAUGAAAACAGAGAAGAAAAAGAUGACGAUUAUGAUAUUUCAGACUUUAUAAUAAGGGUACUUGGUGGGAAACAAGAACUAAAUAAUGUUGAUUGGAUGUAUACUCCCGAAAAUCAGGCAGAACCACAUCACGAAGCAGACAACACGGAAUGGAUUUUUACGCCCGACAGAACCAUGGAAUCACUCCAGGAACCAGAAAACACCGAGUGGAAUUUCGCACCCAAAAGUCAUGUUGAGCCACUCCAUGAAUCAAAAACCAUUGAUUGGAAAUCGGAACCCGAAAAUCGGAUAGAACCACAUCAUGAAUUAUUUAACCUGAAAUGGAAUUUCAUACCCAAAAGUCAAGUUGAAUCAGUUGCUCAAGACAAGAGAAUAAAUGAAAAUGAAGAACCACACGCUCUAGUAACAGAUCACGAUUAUCAUUAUCACACACCAAGUCAUGCAACUGAAAACAAGGAGGCUAGUAGUGUUGAUACUGCAGGGAAUGUAGAAGAUGGAAAGCUGGAAAGUCUACUCUGGAAAGAUUUCUUCAGUUUUCAAAUCCCAGACAAAAUAACCAAAAGAAAAGAAGUGCCAUCUCUCGAGCCUGAGAGAAAGAUAUCGAACCAACAUUAUAAUGAGAAACAUACUGAGAUUGACGGAAAGUACGAUUAUGAGGAGGAUGACAGCUUGGAAAAUGAAGAGGAUUAUGAUUAUCAAUCUAAGGACAACCCUGAUUAUACCGAUGGAAAUGAAGAAAAGCCUGCAAAGGCUAAGAUGUUUGAUGAAAAGUCAUACGAUAGGGGCACAUCAAAUGAUAAGGCUACCUAUGGGAAAUCAGUUUCUGUUAAAGACAUUGAAUAUCAUGAAGAGGGCGACAGUUUUGAAAGUGGAGAGGACAUCGAUUACCAAUAUGAGGAUAUUCCAGAUUAUGUUGAUGAAUACGAAGAUCGGUCUUCAAAGAUUAAAGUACCUAAUAAAAAGACAUACAGUAGAAACCCAGUGAACAAGAAAGGUUCCUUUAAAGUACCAUUUUAUGUUAAAGACUUUGGGCAUGAUGAAGAGGGCGACAGUUUCGAAAGUGGAGAGGACAUUGAUUACCAAUAUGAGGAUAUUCCAGAUUAUGUUGAUGAAUACGAAGAUCGGUCUUCAAAGGUUAAAGUACCUAAUAAAAAGACAUACAGUAGAAACCCAGUGAACAAGAAAGGUUCCUUUAAAGUACCAUUUUAUGUUAAAGACUUUGGGCAUGAUGAAGAGGGCGACAGUUUCGAAAGUGGAGAGGACAUUGAUUACCAAUAUGAGGAUACCCCAGAUUACGUCGACGAAUAUGACGAUCGGUCUUCAAAAUAUAAAUUGGUGAACAAAAAGCUAUAUAGCAAGGAUUCCUCAAAUAAAACGCCCUCAACUGUUGCAUCGUAUAAAGGUAAACAUGUUGAUAGUGAUGGAGAAAGUCGAGAAGGUGAUGACUAUGUUGAUGAAUCCAAGGAAAACCUUUCAGCAGGGGGUAUAUGGAAAAACAAACGCUUUGUUGCAAAAGACGCAGUGGCAUUUGCAAAUAAGCUGAGAGAGGCUUAUCGCAAAUCAACCAAAGGAAGUGAUUUUUUCCACCAAUUAAACGAUGACAACAGCGGAAGUGAAAAAUAUGACGAUUACAGUAGUGAAGAGAUUUUAUCACCACAUUAUAAGCAUAGAAAAGACAUAAACUAUGACAAGAGCGCAAGUGAAGAAUAUGACGAUUAUAGUAGUGAAGAGACAUUAUCACCACAUCAUAAGCAUAACAAAGGCAUAACAAGAACUACUUCUUAUUCAGAGUCUCGAAUUAGGUCUUCAUCAACAUCAAACGAACGCGAUGGGGAGAGUGGAAGUAAAGAAAUAGGAAGCGAAGAGAUUGGUCACAGUAUGGCACAUAUGUGGGAAGAUGAUAGUUCUGAAUCUUACAGCCAGGAGUACUACUCGUCAGCUGAGGAUUACCACAAAAGCAGUGAAGAACACUUGCCCAUCGCUGCUCAAGCACAUCCACCAAAGAAUAAUGUUAACCAUUAUCGCAAUUUCUUCGACAAGCAUGCUUGGGAAAGUGAACAUCACAAUAGAUAUCAAGAGGAAAGUAGAAUCUAUCAUAAAUAUAAUGAUGAUGACAAUACGAUAGAAUACAUCCCACCAACAUUACAGGUCAAUCAUCUCCAAAUCAACAGAAUUAAUUACGAACCAACAACUCCAGUUCCAGUGAUUCCUCCUCAACCAAUAAUGUAUAGAACAUAUGCAGUACCAUCAACUACCCCUCCCCCUCCCCCUACAAAUCCUCCUCAACCAAUAAUACACAGAACCUAUCUGGCGCCUUCUCCUCCUCCACCUCCCACUUUUCCGCCUCAGCCGAUAAUACACUCCCCUACUCCUCCACCCCCGCCUCCCCCUUCUCCUCCUAUAAUACAUAGAACAUAUAUUCCCCCAACACCUACCACUCCUCCUCCUCCUCCCCCUUCUCCGCCUCGAACAAUAGUACAUAAAACUUAUAUUCCCCCAUCUCCUACCCCUCCUCCUCCCCCUUCUCCGUCUCGAACAAUAAUUCAUAGAACGUAUAUACCUCCAUCCCCUACAACUCCCCCUCCCCCUCCUAUUCCAAAGCUACAAAUUUUAAGAACACCAAUAUUCCCUCCAACGUUUCCUCCCCCGACUAACCCUCCCCUUACUCUCCCUCCCCCCACACUUCCCCCUCCUAAAACAGAACCAAUACCGAAAUUACAAAUUCUAAGAACACCAAUUGCACCUCCUCCAAAACCUGAACCAACACCGAGGUUACAAAUUUGGAGAAUCCCUAUUAAUCUGCCACCUGUUCCUAAACCAGAACCGACACCGAGAGUUUAUAUACCAAACAAACCAAUUCCUGCUCCUGCACCCAAACAAAAACAGCAGCAUUUCUAUUUUAUGUUCAAACCAAAGAAAACGAAAUCAAAGAAAGUGUCUUCAUAUGAUGUCUUAGAAAACGAGAUUAUGAAUGUCGACUUACAAAAGGCCUGGACCAAUAGCUACAAACAAAAUCUUAAUAAGGGGUAUUACAAAAGGAAUCCGUACAGUAAAAGACAGAAUUAUGGCUACGGAAAAAAUAGUUAUGGUUACGGAUAUCGAGGCUUGAAGACAAUAUAUGAUAAAAAACCAGGAUAUGGUUAUGGUUUGAACACUAGGAAUUCGUAUGAUAAGAAAACAGGUUAUGGUCACAGCUACCGAACUACACCUCAUCUACCCUACAAAAGAAAUCGGGGGUAUGGAUAUAAAAAUACUUACGGUAACAGAUAUUCUAGUCGUCCAUUGUAUGGAAAAAGAUUUUCAUCAAACCUAUCAAUAAGACCUUUUAUCACACCGUAUCCUAUGCAACCUAAUAUCAUCCAACAACAAGUCAACAAACAUGUUAUGGGCCUGAAGCCUCUUCUUCCUUUACAUUUUCAACCUGUUAUUUUUGGUUCAUCUGUGCUACACCAAAGUCAGCUGUUCCAAAAUUCAUUGCAAAAGAUAAAUCAGUAUUCAAAACGCAGGACGUCAAAGUAUUAAACGUGUAGAUUUAUUUUGGUGUUUUAUCUGUUUUCUAUCAUAUAUAUUUAUGUAUGUAUAUAGUUAUCUUUGUUACACUAUUAAAGUAUUAAUUAUAAUUAAA